UGGAACGUCCGGGAUCCGCGGGAAACGAGAGACCGAGAGAGCAACGCGUCGAUCGAACGGCCUAACGGUUAAACCGGGAGAUUCGAAACGGCCGAGGAGCACCGCGUCAAAAUGCGGAUGAACGGCACGACGUGCGUCGAGACUAGCUCGUAGUGACGAGAGUCGCGACUGUAUUUCGUAAGAUCGUCGAGAUCGAUGCGUGGCUCGAUGGGAAACGCGUGGGUGUACCGCGAGCCGCUAAUUUCCACGGUGUUGUCCGAGCGCGAGAGCCAGUGAGAGAAGAAGGGGACUCGCGGCCAGUGGAAAACCGAUUCGUAAACGAUGCGUACCGUUUACCAGCUGGUGUUGCUGGCCCUUCUGUCGAUGGGCAAUCGCGUCGGGGCUAUCUGGCCCAAGGUCGCGAACCCGUUGUCACCCGUUUGGUGGAGCUCCUAUUCGGGAUCGUCCGAUUCUACCUCCCCGUCGUCCGCCGCCGCGCUCACCACGGAGGACUGCACCGAGUGCGCGCACAACAAAGUCACCUUGCUGGCGAACGAUCCGAUUUUGAACGAGCUGAGGGUCGAGUACGUCAAGCAACAGAUUCUCAAGAAAUUACGACUGUCCAAGCCGCCCGAGAUAUCGAUGCCACUAUCGACCUUGCCAAAGCCGUUGAUAAACGGUCGUGUGCUCGAACUCCGACCCGGGGCGCCCCUCGAGCCGGAAAAAUCGGCCGACAGCUUCUACGGAAAGACCGAUCAGAUCGUCGUUUUUCCAAACGAAGGCGUCGCAGACUCGAAGAAGUGCCGUCACAGCUCGAACCACUUGACGGGAUUCAAUCCCGCGGCCUGUUUCACGUUUUACCUGCCGAACGAAAUGCAAUUCGUCGACGUGACCUCGGCGCAGCUUUGGUUUUACAAGGAGUACGACGAGAACGACGACCUGAAUCAAACUUUCGUGCUCUCCGAACUCGAUCACUGGGACCUGGGCGAAAACUUCGAAAAGAAUACGGUAGUGGCAAUCUUCGAAACUGAUAUCGGAGAGGGUUGGGUAAAGGCGGACGUAAGCUUCAUGCUGAACAAGUGGGUGGAGGAGCUUCGAUUGAACCACGCGAUACAGAUAGCUUGCAGUACCUGCACGAUCGACCGCGACACCGCACCUGUAUCCGUCGAGCAGACGCUGAAACCGUUCCUGGUGAUCCACACGUCCCCGUUGCCGCAGAGGAACAGGCCCAAGAGGAACUCGAAUUGCCUGCCGGAAAUGAAAGAAUGCUGCAGGGACGAGCUCUACAUAAACUUCGAGGACAUCGGAUGGAGCGACUGGAUCCUUCAUCCGAGCGGCUACAACGCCUACUUCUGCCGGGGAUCCUGUUCCUCGGCGGCCUCGUUGACCAUCAGCGGGUCUCCUUACAACAACGUCAUCAGGAGGUUAUUCGCGAAAACCAGCAGCACGGAGCAUCGCAGAAGCGAGAUCGUCCCGUGUUGCUCGCCCACGCAACUAUCGCCCAUUCAGCUGCUCUACGUCGAUUCGAACAACACGAUCACGCAGAAAACUCUGCCCAACAUGGUAGUAGAAGCCUGCGGUUGCAUGUGAUUCGAAUUCUGUUCGAAUUCGACGCUGCGUCGAACUUGCUCCGGACAAACGAAUCCCAACGGGGGGGGGGACAUUGGACAAUUCACGUUUUCCGACUCGUUCGAACGGCACCGCGACGUUUCACUGCAAACAACCACCGAUCCUCCCGAAAAUGACAUUGUCGCGAUUAUUUCGAGAUUUCGAUAGCGUGGGCUCGAUAAUCGCGACAUAAAUGAAAUUAAAACGUCGCGUAAUAGCGAUUAAAAAAGGAUGCGUCACACCGUUUGCACGCGCGACGAUGUAAACGAGCGAAACAGUAUUUCUUUUUUUUUCUAACUGUACCCGCCGCUUGUACAGUACGGACGGAGUCCUCAAGCCGGCUUUCGUAUAUUUAACCGAUCGAUACGAGAAUUUAUUUAUUGUUAAGCAAUACCGUCGUUGUUGAGUCAACGAACGGAGGGAAUGGGAGCUGGUUUCGUCGGUUCGUUCGAUCUUGUAACGUAGCCGAUCGGUAGAACCGAUUUCGAUACUUAAAGUAAGCAAGCACGUAAAGAGUACGCGCUAGGCGCGAAAAAAAACUCCGAUGACAAGUCUCGAUCGUUUUUCUUAAUUUUCCAAUACGCCUGUUGAUAACAUCGUGAACGCUGUAACGACAAAAACAAUUACAAAUAUAAAACACGACGUUUCGAGUGAUGUUCUUUCACAAAUACCCUACCUCAUCCUCUACAAAA